UUAUUUACAUUGACUUGUCUUUGGCUAAAUAUACAAGCUCAGAAGACUUGCGAAGCCAUGAAGAGAAAAAAAUAUACAUACUCUGACAUACUCUAUGUGAAACGUAUUAAAACGUAGUGAUUAUAUUCUCUUUGAAACGUAUUUUGAGAAUUCUGAGUAUUUUCCACAUCAAUUUAAAAAAGUCGUCCCGGAUUUCGCAUUCGAAGCGUUCUGAAUUUAGAAACGGGUAAAACGAAUGUAUUGGUACAUAACUAAGUCCGGAAAAUUGAAUUGAAAAAAAAAAAUAAACGGAAAAUUAUACGAAUCGUUUUGCAAAUUAUUUAUCAUGGAGUUAGGAAGCGAUAAUUUUGAUUUAUUUAAAUUAGUAAACGUAAAAGGUAAUAUCGAAAAUAUAACUCCGCACAAAAUAGCCGUUGUGGCGUUUAUUCGUGAAUAUGGGUUAUUAAAAAUAGAAGCAAAAAAAAUGGUUGAUUGCACCGUUGCUCCCAAAUACAGAAAAGACUUUUGUAUGCUGGCACUUAAACUUAUUCAGUGUCCAGAUAUGGAAUUUAAAGAACUGGAAACUCUUCUCACCAAUGGACGCUAUAAUUUGUUGAGUGUGCAUCUUCAGAAUUUUUGUGUGCGGCUGCAGAACAUAUACAUGAAUGGCAUCAGUGCACUUGUAGACUGUGUCACAUCAACUGUUGACAAACUAAUGGUUGAACAAAGUGAAACUAAUCCAUGUAUCAUAACUAGAUACAGUGUUCUCGGAUUGUAUUUGAGAAGAAUACUCUUUCAGCUAAAAUUAUUGACAUUUGUGCAAACAGUGGCACUUUUUAAAUCAUUUUGUCUGUAUUAUCAAAGAGGCAGACCAGGAUUAAUGAUGAGGUCUUUGAGUAAAGAAAAAUUAAACAACAUGGAGCCACAAAUGGUAACAACCACAUCUCCAGUUAUACCAGAAGAGUACAAACCCCUGGAAUUGUCAAUGAAAAUGAAUAUUAUUGAAAGAGACAAUAGCUUUGAUGAAGGUCACUGGUCUCGAAAACAAGCUGAAUUAUUUACAGCGCAACAAGCAAAUUUACUUCAAGUGUAUGAGAAAAAGGCUUUGCCUCCUCGUCAAUUACAAAAAGCAAUAGCACAGAUCAUGCAUGAUAUUCCGGAGUAUUCAGAUAUACAUUUCCUGAGCUUCUUAAAUUGUUUACGAGCAAAUGAGUUCUGUGGUGCUCAGGAUUCGCUUUACAACUGUUUUGAUCGAUCAGGACUCCGUGCGGGCAGUGCAUCAAGUGACAGAAACAAAAAUUUUCUUUUUGCAGCCCUUAACAGAGCCGCACUGCACGCCCAUUUUGGCCAUAAAGAGUUGUCAACGGAAGCUGCGCGCGAGGCCGUGUCGCGCGCGCAGGAGGUGUGUGAUGGAGACGCGGUGAGCGCGGCGUCGGCCUGGGCGGCGCUGGCGGGGGCACGUGGAGCGGGGGGCGCUGGCGCCGCGCCGGGGGCAGUGGACGCGAGCCGCGCAACGCCUCGGGACGCCGAUGACACCGCUCCGCGCCGCCCGCGACCUCCGCGACACGCCGCCGUCGCCGCACAGUUCUCUGCGCAGCACAAAGCUGUUAACGGAGCUCAUCCCGCUGAAGUUUUCCAGAUGUUGAUGAAAAGCGAUUUGCAUAAUUACCUUCAUUCCAUGACUGAUCUUACGAUGACUGGUCUGGCCAACACUGCAGCGCUGUGGGCGCUUUACGGGAAAACUGAGAUGGCGUCAGUCACUUCGCAAUUAUUGCUUAACCUUAAUACUAAGUGCGGCGGCGGUAACGCGGACGGCGCGGCGGGCGCGGCGGCGGUGGCGGCGUGGCGCGCGCACGGCUCGCUGGUGGCGGCGCUCGCCGCGCACUUCCCCGCGCGCGCGCUGCGCACCAUUGCCGUCGCCGCGCACGCACAACGCGCGCUGCACGCCGGUAAAUGGGAGGAGGCCGAUCAGAGUAUACGACAACUAGCUUCGUUAGACAGAUGGGGAAGUCAACUACUCAAAGCUGAAAUGUAUUUACUUAAGGGUGACGCGACUGAAGCGAUAGAUUCUCUGAACGAUGUUUUAGAUUUCUGCAAAACGCAGGAUGACAGCCUUCACUUCGUGUCUCUGAGAUUGAAAGCGAUGAUUCUCAUGUCACAAGUGCAACAUUCCUUUAGCAGCAUCCAAUCCACCAAUAUUAUGUUACUCAAUGAAGCCCUUACUAUAGCAAAGAAAUACCACUUGCAUUAUUUGGCCACAACAAUUGAAAUGCAUAUUGCAAACGUACAGUUGAACAUGGGAUGUGCGAAAAAUGCUUUGGUUUUAGUGAGAAAAGUUUUGCCAUAUAUAAUGGCACACGGUAGCACGUACGAUUUAGCUAGAGCCAUGUUGUUGUACACAAAGUGUCGCAUUGCUACGGCCCCCAUAAAUACAGAAACGAGGAUGCAAGUGCUUCAGUCAUGCUGCGACGCAUUGGAGUCCGUUAAAAGCAACUUUUCCAAAGUGGGUGCUCACGCUAGGAUUUUACAAACUUGGUACUUACAGGCUCAACUGUACCACGAUAUUGGAAACCACGCUGCGCGCAACCAAUGUGCGUGGAUGUACAGGCAGCUUGAACAAAAUCCAAUUGAACCCUCGAACAUGCUACUUGUAAUGUAUUAAAUAAUAAAAAUUAAUUAAUAAGAAAA